AGACAGUCAAGCACUGCAUGCGGAGAUUACUGUUGCCUUGCUGAACGACUUACUUUUUUGUGGAGUAUCGUAUUACUCGCUGCUCAUGAUGGGGAUAAGGCUGGUGCUGCUCUGUUACUUCUGUGUGCUGUGCAAGGGCCAGCUGAGAAACUUACUGCCGCUGAAAGGAGUCCUCUACGAUUUCGAGGGACCAAGGGAUGUGAACGUCUCAUUAUUUGAACGACCACCACCACUCGAAAUUGCUGCCGCCGCCCCUGGCGUAGCUCCUGAAGCAGUGAUGCCAAUUGAAGGAGCCUUGGAGCAAGGUGCAGCUGUAGCCUUCGCGCAGGAUCAGCUGCAAAAUCAAAAUCCUUCACCUGCUGACCUUGAUUUGAGCAGUAAGUUUCACGCCGCCUUCAGGAAGGCUGAGAUCGAAGCAACGGCAGCAUCUUGCGUGGGCCGAGCCCUUCUGGAGACAACGAAAGAUUUGGCACAAAGACUUGACCUCCCUCUGCCUGACGCUGUUCGGGUCCUGGCAGGGAUACCUGUCAAUCCAGAAAUGUGUCGGGAGAUCCUGAGGAGAGGGAACUGCGUGGACUUCCCGGAACCCAGUCAAUGCGAUUCGACGCAUCCUUACCGAAGUAUAGAUGGAUCCUGCAAUAAUCUCCAGAAUCCUAAAUGGGGACAGUCAAAUAGACCAUUUGUUAGGCUUCAUCAUCCAUUCUACGAGAACGGCAUUGACUCUAUGAGGGGAGAGGGUAGAACAGGUCCUAAUCGCCUCCCAUCCCCAAGGACCGUCAGUUUUAACCUAUUCGUCCUCGGAGGCAGCGGCUUAUCUCGGCCGUACCCCAAUGCCAACCUCCUGACGAUGCAAUUUGGUCAGUUCCUCGACCACGACAUCACGUUCACGCCAGAGACGCAGCUCAUGGCGCCACAGCCACCUCCCCAAAGCAGUCUGGCCGGUUUUCUUUUCAACAGGCAAGAACCAGUGUGUCCAGCUCUGCCCAGAGACACCGUGCCCCUGGACUGUUGCGGAGACGGUCGUCAACUUCCUCAAGUAGAUUUACCUGACUGCCGCCCAAUUGAUGUCUCGGCUGAUCCUAUCUUUCAAGCCGAUGGAAAAAUUUGCAUGCGUUUUGUCAGGUCUCUUAUUGCAAGCCAAGGAUGCACUUUAGGGCCGAGGGAACAGCUUAACCAGCUUACUUCUUACGUUGACGGAUCUCAGAUCUAUGGAUCAACCGACAGAGUAGCCAGAGAACUGAGAGCUUUCCAAGGAGGGCGUCUGAAGAAGACACCAGAAGGUGACCUCCUGCCUCAGAGAUGCUGCACAGAUCAAGAAUUCACUUGCUUCCAAGCAGGUGAUAACAGAGUGAACGAACAGCCGGGUUUGGCCUCAAUUCACACACUCUGGCUCCGAGUUCACGAAAAUAUUGCUGGAGAAUUCGCCCGAGUCAAUCCCCAUUGGGACGACGAGACGCUCUACCAGGAAACUCGCCGGGUUGUUGUAGCCCUCCUCCAGCAAGUUACUUACAGAGAAUGGUUACCUGUCGUCUUGGGCCCGAGUGCCGUUUUAACCGGAGAUCUUCCCUUGCUUCAAAAUGCGCCAGGAAACACAUACAGUCCUGAGACAGAUGCGACUCUAGCCAAUGUUAUUGCAACGGCUGCUAUGAGAUUUGGUCACACGUUGAUCAAUGAUUUCCUCGCAGGGCGACAAGGAGAAAUAGUCCAACUAGUUGGUAAUUUCGAAAACGCUAGAGUGCUAUUCCAACAAAAUACUCGUCCCUCGGCCCUUAUGGAGGGAUUGACUAUCCUCAAUUCCCAGACUCCAGAUUCAUUUUUAGUCGAGACGCUCAUUAACAGACUCUUCGCUAGUCGUGAGGCUAGAACAGCGUUUGAUUUGAUGUCGCUAAAUAUACAGCGUGGACGCGAUCAUGGCCUGCCUCCUUAUAACACCUGGAGAAGAGCUUGCCAACUUCGAACCUUUUCUUCCUUCAGUGAACUGUCAUCUGUUAUGCCUGCAGAGGUGGCUCAGGUGUUCCAACAAGUAUACAGCGAUGUGAAUGAGAUCGACUUAUUCCCUGCGGCUAUAUCGGAGUUCAGUGUCGAAGGAGGAUUGAUGGGACCAACUUUCGCCUGCCUGUUUGUUAAUCAGUAUUCACGGUCGAAGAAAGGAGAUAGAUUCUUUUACCAGAAUAUGAUGCAACCUAAGCCCUUCCUUCCAAUUCAGCUACAGUCUAUUGGCCAAGUUUCAUAUGCUUCCUUAAUCUGCCAAAAUACGGAUAUUCAGAAUCUUCAGCCAGAGAUUUUCCAGAAUCCUGGACUCCCUGGAAAUGCCCCCAGGCCUUGUUCAUCAUACCCAAAACUGGACUAUAGCUUGUGGCAUGAGAGUAGCAAUACAACAGUUCCAGGAGGUGUGUGCAUGGGAGUUGGUCCAUUCCGAGGACAGGGUAUUUAUGACCACUGGUGUACCAUCAACUGCUUCCACGUCCCAUCAUUCUGCCCACCAACGCACUGCAGAUGUAAAUAGUCCUUAGUAUUGAGAACAUCUUCCCUCUUUUUCGUCUUGUUUCACAUGAAUAUAUCUUUGUUCUGUCCCACGCAGGUGUUUCUCGAACUGUUCUCUGAAUCUCAUUAUAUUACUAUUUCAAAUAUAAUUUUCAUGUGUCUCAUAUCAUAUCGUAUAUACUAGUGUCCUGUAUUCGUUUUGUGUAUGCUUAGCUUGUGUGCAGACUUACCCCAAUUUUCAAACAAUCAGGAUGCACUAGUACGAUGAAAAAAGAAUUGAUCUGUGAUUAUUCAAUAAGAGGAUAAGAUGAUCAAGAGGAUGGCGAUUGAUGUAUAUAGCAUAUAUAAGAUGAAUAAUAUAUACCAGAUGAGAAAAUAUGUAUAUGUUUUACAUCUAUCUAUUUUUGUAUUUAGUUAUAUAACGUACACAAGAAGCUGAUAAGGAGGUCAGAAACUACUUCGUAUAAUGCAACAUAGGCUUUAUUUUAUGCUCAAUCUACCACGUCCAUUUCUCAAUGUUCCUUGCCAAUCCAGUAGUUCCUAGGUUUACUUACUCUCCUUCACUUGUUUGUUUCGAAUUAUAGAUCCUUAAAAAAAACCAUGCUUUUUGAGGUUUUCCAACAAGUUUUCACUGUACUUUGUAUCAUAUGCAGGAGCCAUUCUUCAGUUCCGCUUACAUUUCACUUACCAUUCAUCUUGUAGUUUCAAAUGAUUGUAAACCGAGCUACGAAUUUUUUUAGAACACACAGUCACCAUCUGUGACUUGGGCAUUAAGGUUUCGUGAUAAUGACAACAGGCAUACUGGAAUCUACUUAUUUACCCGCAAGUUAGUGCGCUUUUUCACGGGAUCUCCAUUCUAAAUGAAAGUUUGGAUUAAAAUGAGAACUAUUCUUUUAGUUUUCUGUAAAAAAAAAAAAAAAAAAAAAACUUUUGAGUUGGGUUUUUGUCGGUCCACCCACCCUCAGAUCUUAAAAACGUCUGAGGCUACAGACCUGCAAAUUGGUAUGUUGAUCAUCCACCCAACGCUCAUCAGACAUACCAAAUUGCAGACAUCUAACCUCAGUAGUUUUCUUAUUUUAUUUUAUGUAAGGUUAAAGUUAGCCAUGACCGUACGUCUGGCACCGAUAUAAGUGUCAACAACAAAGGCUACCACCGUGAUGUGGCUGAAAGUUUUAUGGGUCACUGAGAGUUUCAUUGGCCGUGGCCAAAUGUUUUAUACAGCAUUUUACGCUGCACAGAAAACUCGAUUGCACCUAAGAAACUUCGACGCAUUUUUUACUUGGAGCUACAAACUACAGCAUAAAAUUAUCUAUCUAAGUUCAUCUUUUUCACCCAAGUGAAUAUUCUAACGGAAGUUCAUCGAUGAAUAUGAAACUUUUUAGCGGCUCUCAACAGAUAACAACAAUACCUUAUAAAUUUCAUCCUUAUCCAUUCUAUCAUAACUUUCCCAAGUGCCCUUGUAUGCAACAUGUAGCUUUAUAGCAAUUUUAUUUCUGAGAAACACUACUGUAUUUGUGAAAAAAAAAUCAUACAAACACUCUUCUUUUGUAACCUUAAAUAAGUUAACGUUAAUUAUGGCCUUAUAGAACAUAAUAAAAAAAACAACUUCCGAUUCAUAAGUACCAAGCACUUUCAUUUCUUUGUUACCCCUUUGCCUUUAUAUACACACACACACACUUUCACACACAUGUACGUACACACAUACACAGAUAUAUAUAAAUUAUGUGUGUGUAUAAUAUUGAAAAAGUCCUUCCAUACUUGUACUUUUCUUGAUGACCAACUGUUCAACAGCCUUUUGUUUUGUUUGUACAAAUGCAUAACAAUGUAAGUAUAGCAUUUACAUAUAUAUGCAUCUCUCUAACAAUAUCAGCAUGUGAGUGCUGUAUAUAUAAUUUGAUUUGUUUGCUGACAUAUGCAUGCCAUCCUUUUAGCAAUCAAACUACGCUUACUUGUCUUUAUUUUAAAUUAAAUAUAUCAUAAUUAAACCUCUU